AUGUCUCAGUUCUCUGCAGAAGAUGAGGUAGAGCUUCAGGCCCUGUUGAGGCAGCUGUUAAACAGUGUCAAAGACAGAAUCUCAGGUGCUCCAUCUGUAGAGUGUGCCGAGGAAAUCCUGCUUCAUUUAGAAGAAACUGACAAGAACUUUCACAACUAUGAGUUUGUCAAGUAUCUGAGAGAAUAUGUGGAGACCAGUCUUGGCCCUGUUAUUGAAGAGGAGACAGAGAACUGUGCUAAAGGAGAUGGACAUGGGAUUGGAUCAGGCCAGGACACCCUGGUUCACGCGGUCACGAGAAAAAGUCGUGAAUCUGCACAGUACAAGCAAAUGAUGCAGACCCUAAAACAGACUAUGAUGGUUGUGGUUGAAUCUUUGAUCAAUAAGUUUGAAGAGGAUCAGCUCAAGAGAGAAGAGCUAAGCAAAAAAAGUCAACGAGAACAGUCAGGCAGUCACUACACAGACAACUGCUCUGACAGCGACUCUUCCUUUAAUCAGAGCUACGCAUUCAUUAAGCAUGAGCAGCUACAGGUCAUAGUCGAACAGCUCGACCCAAACAGACCAAAAGAGGUGCGGUUGGAGGCCUUGCAGUGGCUGUGCUGUGCUCCUCCAUCUGAUGUGCUGAGCUGUGAGAGUUGGAGCGGGCUGCAUAGGAACCUCUCCACUGCCCUGUCUGACCCUGAUCCUGACCUCAGUGAUAAGGUGCUGCGUUUUUUUGCUAAGACAUUUUCCUCCUCUCCAUUGAAUUUGACAAGGGUGAUUUACACAAGCCUAGCUAAACGUUUGGAGACAGAUUUUCUAUACCAUAAACUGAGUUUUCCAACUGGAUCAGCAGGGCUUGAUGUGAAUCGGCAGGAUAUAGCCCAUCUUCUCAAGCAAAUGCGAUUAAUGAAUGACUUCCAGAAGGAGGUGACGUCGUUUUGGAUACGGCACCCUGAGAAAUACAUGGAAGAAAUCAUAGAGAGCACCUUGGCUCUUCUCUGUCAACACCCUGAACGUGGCUUAGGCCCACACAGCUCAGAGAAAGCUCUAGAACCAGCUCACUUGAUCUCUCUGCUUGAUAUCAAAGCCAGCUGGUUUAAAAAAUGGAUGCACGGGUUCUACAGCAGAACAGUGGUACUGAGACUGCUCGAGAGAAAGUACAAACCAGUGAUUGUCUCUGCUCUCCAGCAGUGUGUCUCUUUUCUUGAGUCCUGUGAGACAGUUCGAGAUGAAACCUUGGACAUCAGUCACACUAUGGGACAUCAGCCAGUCAGGUCUGCUCAGAGAAGCCUGUACACAGUCAGGCAGCUGGAGUUUUCCUGUUUCACUCAUUCCCUGUGUGUGCUGGGGAGCCUGCUGAUGUACACCAACGGGAGAAAACUCUUUCCUGUCAAAGUCAAGAAAAGAAAAGAUCCAGUCACUGUGACAGACUUAGUGGUCAUACUGAUCAGGAUUAUGUACCAACAUCCGAAACCACUGUAUGCCGAUGUCACAGAUUCUCUGUGCCCUAGCAAUCUGGUGAUGGAGGUUUUGCGGACGCUAUGUGAGCGGACUGAGUGUGCAGUGGAGUGUCUGUACCAGACUCCAGUCAUAGAAACUCUGCUGGCCCCUGUUAUCAGACUCCUCAGAGGAAAACCGGCCAAAUUAAGGUCCCCAGAAACAACCCUGACUCAUAUAGCAGACACACUGGCUCGAAUGGCCACCACAGAGCGAGGUUUAGCACUCUUCCUCUAUGACAAAAAUCUGCUCUCUGCUGAGGGGGAAAGUAUUUCGGUGGCUCAUGUAAUAGUGCAGUUUACCCAGAAGCUCUUGGCUAAAGAGCUGCCUGUGCUGACCAAGCUGGAGUGGUCUGCAGGGCUGACUGGCGCAUUCAUGUUCGUCUGUCAUCAGAUGUUUAACGCCUGUGAGGGCCUGCAGGCCCUCAGGUCCUAUGGUUUACAUGAGUGUAUUGCUGACGCCUGGAGAAAGAUGAGCUCACAGUCAGAGAGAGUCCCCACUCCUGUCCCUGGAGCUGUUUCCCUGCUGUCUUCCCAGGAGAUGCAGAACACAGUUGCGUGGGAGGAAACACUGCUGGACAGCCUACUGAACUUUGCUGCCACACCCAAAGGGCUCCUGCUCCUUCAGCAAACUGGAGCCAUAAAUGAAUGCGUGUCCUACAUGUUCUCCAGAUUCUCCAAAAAUCUGCAGGUCAGCAGGUGUGAGAAGUUUGGCUAUGGUGUGAUGGUGACACAGGUGGCUACAACAGCUCCAGGAACAGUGGCUUUACAGAGCUCAGGGUUUGUUCAGGCCAUUGUGAUGGAGCUGUGGUCAGGUCUAGAGUGCAGCAGAGAGGAUGUGAGGGUAGUCCAUCCCAAAUCCACUCCCAUGGACCCCAUCGACAGGAGCUGUCAGAAGUCCUUCCUGGCCCUGGUGAACCUACUGUCCUCUCCCCCUGCUGUGUGGGAACUACUGGGAAACAAAACCUUGCCCAACAAGGCAGAGUACAGUCUGAGAGAGAUGCCAGCUUCUGUUAUAGACUUAAUUGAUCGAUUGGUCGCUAUCAACUCAGAUGUGAAGAUACGCUCUCUUUUCAACUACGAACAGUCCCACACGUUUGGGCUGAGACUCCUGAGUGUGCUGUGCUGUAACCUGGACUGCCUGCUGCUACUGGAGUCUCAGUACCACCUCUCUGACAUGCUGCUCCAGAAUCAAAAGGAGAACGUCACACACACCCCCAGUGGAGAGGGGGUGUUUAUCAUUGACAGUCUGUCUGUGGAGAGGAACCAUGUCCUGGUGCGCAUGGGUGUGGUGGGGGGUCCAUCGGAGAGGACACUCCCCCCCAGAGCUCUACAGAAGGGGAGUGAUCCUUACCCAUGGCCCAUGUUCUCCUCAUACCCUCUCCCCAAAUGCUACAUCCACCAAGUCCCAAAAACAGUAAGCAGACAAGACACUGAGCUCAGUGUAUUUCUGGCCUCGUCUAAAGACGCAGAGCGAGAUGAGAGCUGGAUGGAGCAGUGCAGGAGGCAGUACUGCAAAGCUCUCACCACUAAACCGAGCAGCCUCUCUGGAAAUGUGCUUGCUGAUCUCCUGGAGAUGGUUGUGCUUCACCUAUCCUCCUCACCCGCACACUGCUUCUUUCCUCCUGCAGAAUACAGAGUGGCAGACAGCAGGGUGAAGACUCACAGCCUGUCCUCUUUACAGCAGCUUGGCAUUCACACCUCUCUCAGGUAUGGUAAAUUCCUGAGGUUACUGAGGGAGGAUUCAGAGCAGGAUAUGUGUCUUCUCAUCAAAUAUUGCCAGGAAUUUCUGUCUCAGCAGCGUGUCAACGUCACCUCAGAUCUCUACUGUGUGCAGGAGGGUUUCCCAGGCCAUGACUGGUUUGCAUCGAGCGUGUUUCUGCUGAUGUGUGGAGAUGUUGGCCGUGCUCUGGGCCUGUUACUGCGUUUCUCUAGGCUUUUACCCUCGGCUUUCCUUUGGCCUCCCAGACUGCACAGCUCUGUCCACCUGCCUGUGGAGAUCGCCCAGUCAGGCAUCCACCCACUUUACUCCUGCACGGCACACUAUGUGGAGACGCUACUGAAGGCAGAGGUGCCUCUGGUCUGCUCCGCUUUCCGAAUGUCUGGCUUCACCGCUUCUCAGAUGUGUGUGCAAUGGCUGGGCCAGUGUUUCUGGAAUUACCUGGAUUGGCCUGACAUCUGUCAUUACAUGUCCACCUGCAUCAUCAUGGGUCCAGAUUACCAGGUGUACAUGUGCAUCGCCGUGCUGAGGCACCUUCAACAGGACAUCCUACUGCACACACACACGCAGGAUCUGCAAGUGUUUCUCAAGGAGGAGCCCAUCCAGGGCUUCAGGGUUAGUCAUUAUCUGGCAUAUAUGGAGGAACUGGAGCGGAGAUACAGGAGCAUGGUGCUGACAGACAUGAGGAACAUCCUACUGAAGAUCUCCUGA